CCGCUGUCGGGCCGCCGCCUGUGCGUGGCAGCCGCUCUGAGGGGAUUCUGGCGACGCGGGCGAAGCGGGCCAUGGCGAGGAAGGUGGCCGGGGUGCCGGUGCUGGUGGCCGGGGUGCUGGUGCUCGGCUUGUGGCCGCGCGGCGCCGAGAGCGCCCCGAGGAAGGCGGUGGCCGCCCGGCUGGCGGCGAAGUGGCCGGCGACGCCGUUGCUGCUGGAGGCCAGUGAAUUCAUUGCAGAAGAAGGCAAUGAGCAAUUCUGGCAGUUUUUGGAAACGGUGAAAGAAUUAACAUUAUACAGGAAAGGAGUCUCGGAGCAUUCUUAUUACAACUUAAUCCUGAAGAAAGCCGGACAAUUCCUUUCAAAUGUGCAGAUUAAUCUUUUGAAAUUUUCUCUUUCCUUACGAGCACAUUCCCCAACAAUUCAGAUGUUUCAGCAGAUUGCAGCUGAUGAGCCGCCACCGAAAGGUUGCAGUGCAUUUGUGGUUAUCCAUGGGAAGAGCACCUGUAAGACUAAUGAAAUUUGGAAGCUUCUGAAGAAAGCUGCUACAAGGCCCAAGCCAUAUCUGUUCAAAGGAGAUCAUAAAUUCCCUACGCUUAAUGAGACCGGCCCAGUAGUGAUCCUUUAUGCCGAAAUGGGUACAAAAGACUUCGCUACAUUUCACAAAGUUUUGUCUGAACAAGCACAAAAAGAGGAAAUUGUUUACGUUCUUCGACAUUUUGUCCAGAAACCUAGCUCCGAGAAGAUGUAUUUGUCUGGAUAUGGUGUGGAACUUGCAGUAAAGAGUACAGAAUACAAAGCGGUAGAUGACUCUCAGACCAAAGCUACAAAUAAUGUAACAGCAGAAGGAGCCAAUGAGGAAAGUGAAGUCCAGGGCUUUCUCUUUGACACAUUAAAGCAGAACUAUCCUGACCUCAAAGACAAUCUUCAAGAGCUGAGGAAAUACCUGAUUGAAAGUAGUGAUGAUACAGAGCCUUUGAAGGUUUGGGAAUUGUCAGACAUUAGUUUGCAAGCAGCCUCUCGAAUUCUCUCUGUGCCCGCUUAUAAUGCAUUAAAAGUCAUGAAGGACAUUGCACAGAACUUCCCAGUCAAGGCCAGAUCCCUGACCAAAGUGUUAGUGAACCUGCAAAUGCGGAAAGAAAUAAAGGAAAAUCAACAGCAUCUGAAUGAAGCUCUUGAACUUCAGCCUGGUGAAGCACGUUUAUUUCUAAAUGGUCUUCGUAUGGAUUUGAAUCUUCAUGAUCCAUUUAGUCUUUUAGAAACUUUGAAGGUAGAAGAGAAAGCAAUGCGUGGACUUCACUCCCUUGGAAUUAAAGGAGAUGUUCUUAGUAAAAUAAUGAGAUUAGAUGCCCAUUCUGAUGAUGACGCUUAUGCAUUAGACAUUCGUCACUCUUCAAUAGUAUGGAUCAAUGACUUAGAAACAGAUCACAUCUAUGACAAGUGGCCUACAAGUUUUCAGGAACUUCUUAAACCAGCAUAUGCAGGAAUGAUGCGGCAGAUUCGGCGCAAUCUAUAUAACAUGGUCAUCUUUAUUGAUCCUAUGCAAGAAGAAGCAGCUCACUUCAUGAAACUUGUAGAAGUAUUCUACUUUCAAAAGGUGCCUCUUAGAAUUGGGUUUGUUUUCGUCCUAAAUACCGACGAAGUCGUUGACGGUAACAAGGAUGCAGGUGUAGCUUUAUGGAGAGCUUUUAACUUCGUUGCAGAUGAAAUGGAUAUCCCUGCAGCUUUUACUGCCAUGACGAGAAUGUACCAUGAAGUAGAAGAGGGAGGUGUACUUUCUGUGGGGCAUGUGAAGCGUUUUCUUGUCACAGGGUUUCCUCAUGCUGACUUGCAAGAUAUCUUGGGUGUCGAUUCCGAUUAUGAUGAGAACAGACAGGCAGGAGCGAUGUUUUAUAAGAAGACUGGCCUGGGUCCAUUGCCUCAAGCUCUCUUUAAUGGCGUGCCCUUUAACAGAAAAGAGAUGAAUCUUGCAGAGCUACAAACCUCUCUAGUGAAGAUCAUGGAUGCCACAGAGUCCUUCCAGAGGGCAGUGUUCUUGGGCGUGCUGAAUGACCAUACAAACGCAGUAGACUUCAUCAUGGAGCAACAGAAUGUAGUUUCACAUAUACAUGACAAGAUUCUUGAUCCUCAAAGAAGAUAUUUGAACUUUGCAUCCCCAUCUGUGCCUAUAGAUACAAACGAUUUCUCAACUUUUUCCUUCUUGGACUCUCAAGAUAAGACUUUUGUUAUUUCAGAAAACAUGAAGUAUGUUACAAGGAAAGAUGAAGAUGUAGUAUACCCAGGCACCAUAUGGAUCGUUGCUGAUUUUGAUAGCCCAGAUGGGAGGCAACUGCUUUCAAAUGCCCUGAAAUACCUGAAAACUAGCAGUCAUGUACAGCUUGGGGUUGUGCAUAAUCCUGCAUCGAAAAUAACUGAAGAUAACACUGUCAUUGCAAGGGCAAUCUUGGCAGCUUUUCUAACGCAGAAAAACGCUAGUCUGAAAAACUUUCUCGGUCGGAUUCUAAAAGAGGACACGGCAAGAUCUCUCGCUACGGGAACUAAAAUCAAGACACUUCUUGUUCCGGGCAUGAAUAACGAUGCGUUUGAGAAGAAGUACAACACAAUAGGUGUUGAUAUGAUUCAGGCUCACCAGGUGUUUUGUCGAGAGGUUCUUAAGCUGCUUCCUGGGCAAAUGGCUGUUGUUAGUAAUGGCAGGAUAAUAGGCCCUCUACGUGAAAAUGAACUGACCGCAGAAGACUUUGACUUGUUGGAGCAAGUAACGCUAAGUAAGGCAACAGCGAAGGUCAAAGCCCUGGUCAAGGAAAUGGGUGUUGGCGGUAAACGCGGCAGUAAUUUAGCAAUGAAAGUGAGUGCGCUUCUUUCUUCCUUGCCUAAAAGUGAUGUCCGCCGAGAUAUUGACUUUCUCAAAGAGAAGCACAGUGUACUAAAGAUAGAUCCAGAGCAGAAAAGCGAACCCUUCUUUGACGUUGUUGGCAUUGUAGACCCGUUGUCGAGAGAAGCACAGAAGCUGUCACAUUUACUGAUUUUCCUUGGUCAGGUUGUCAACAUGAAACUGAGGCUGUUUAUGAACUGUAGAUUCAAGCUGUCAGAGGCGCCUUUGAAAAGUUUUUAUCGUUUUGUUCUGGAGCCCGAACUUGUUUCAGGAGCCAGUGGUUCCUUUCCUCUCGCACCGGGAGCAAACUUCUUUGAAAUGCCAGAAUCCCCUCUUCUGACCCUCAACAUGAUCACUCCAGAAAGCUGGCUGGUUGAAGCGGUGAACAGUUCUUAUGACCUUGAUAACAUUUAUUUGAAAGACGUUGAGAGUGUUGUUUCUGCAGAGUAUGAGCUGGAGUAUUUGUUGCUUGAAGGACAUUGUUUUGAUGUAGCCACUAGACAGCCGACUCACGGACUGCAGUUCACUUUGGGAACUAGGAAAAAUCCUGUUAAAGUUGAUACCAUUGUGAUGGCCAAUCUGGGUUAUUUUCAGUUGAAAGCAAAUCCAGGUGCUUGGAUUUUGAGACUACGUGAAGGAAGAUCCGAAGAAAUCUACCAAAUAUAUAGGCACGAAGGAACUGAUUCUUCUGAAGUUUCAGAAGAGGUUGUUGUGGUACUAAAUAGUUUCAGCAGCAAAAUCAUCAGAGUCCAGGUGCAGAAAAAGCCUGAUGAAAUUCAUGAAAGCCUCUUGAGUGAUGGGGCAGCGGAAGAAGAGGAAGAUUUCAUGAUUAGUUCUACAGGAGGGACUCAAAAAGCAGAAAACGAAAAGAAAAUGGACAUGUUAAAUAUCUUUUCUGUUGCUUCCGGCCAUUUGUACGAACGGUUUUUAAGAAUAAUGAUGCUCUCAGUUCUGCGCCACACCAAGACACCGGUUAAAUUUUGGUUUCUGAAAAAUUAUCUGUCACCAACAUUUAAAAAAGUUAUCCCUCACAUGGCAAACAAAUACGGAUUCCAGUAUGAACUUGUGCAGUACAAAUGGCCCCACUGGCUUCAUCAACAGGCAGAAAAGCAAAGAAUCAUCUGGGGUUACAAAAUUCUUUUUCUGGAUGUUCUCUUCCCGUUGGCUGUGGACAAAAUAAUAUUUGUUGAUGCUGAUCAGAUUGUAAGAAGCGACUUGAAAGAACUCCGAGAUAUAGAUUUGAAAGGAGCACCCUAUGGCUAUACUCCCUUCUGUGAUAGCCGUCCAGAAAUGGAUGGCUACCGUUUCUGGAAGUCAGGCUAUUGGGCUUCACAUCUUGGAAAAAGGAAGUACCACAUUAGUGCUUUGUAUGUUGUGGAUCUGAAGAGGUUCCGGAAGAUUGCUGCAGGAGACAGACUUAGAGGUCAAUACCAAGCCCUUAGUAAGGAUCCAGGCAGUUUAUCCAACCUAGAUCAGGAUCUUCCAAAUAACAUGAUUCAUCAGGUGUCCAUUAAAUCUCUUCCUCAAGAGUGGCUGUGGUGUGAAACUUGGUGCAGCGAUGAAUCCAAGAAAAAGGCUAAAACCAUUGAUCUGUGUAACAAUCCGAAAACCAAAGAACCCAAACUAGAGGCUGCUGUCAGGAUAGUUCCUGAAUGGACAGAGUAUGAUUCUGAAAUACAGCAGCUUAUAAAUCAAAUAAAAAAGGAGAAGAAAACCAUGAGUCAGUCUCAACAAAAAGAUUCCAGCCAUGAUGAACUUUAGCACUAUUUGAAGAGUGUCCUGAUGACACAGCUACUGGCCAUAGACUGGGGGUUAGUGGUAGUUUUUGUGGAUGUAUGUAAAUACUACAGAGAUGCUCUAUAUUUUUAAAUAAAAACUUCUGGCAUUUUAUUGGGACUUGGAACGGAAUAACAGAGUGGAAAGGAAACCUAGUAAAGUGUGGGCUGUGCAGUUUGUCAUUCAGUCCGAUUGCCUUUCCACUUCUUUCGUUUCCAAAGGCAUUACAAAUUCUGGUGCUACAUUCACACACUGCUUUUGUUUCACAUUACACAAAUAUUUUGUUGGAGAUCUCAUGUAAUAAUUUUAAAGUGUCUGUCUGUAGUAAACAAACAAACACCCCCAUCACAUACUUUUCUUUUUAAAGCUAUAUUCCAUCUUUCUGCAGAAGCUUCCAAGGAGGCUGAUCUGAGACAAUACUUGAAGUUGCAUUGCUUUUUCUGUAUGACGUGUCUGCGUGCCUCUUUGUCGUGUCUGAUGUCACUUUCACUGAACUUUACUCUCCUGGUGCAAGAAAUCAGUUGGGUUCUAUUCCGUGGAGAAAGUGCUGGAUUUUGGAGGGUUCAGCUCGCCAGCUCAGCAAGGACUGAACCGUCUUGGCACUUGCUAAACCUCAAUAUUCCCGCUGGGCUCUGAAAGAGAUGCUGCGUAAGAUCAGUAGCUGCUGCCAGGGAAACAAAGUGGGAGUCUCAUCAAGAGCAGCCACUUAAGUGGUGUGGGUCAAGCAAACUGCAACUACCUCUGAUGUUACUAAAUGAAGGACUUCCUUUGCAGACACAAAUCCACUGACAUCUAGUUCCGGCCUGCAAACUUAAAAGUUGAUAAUCACUUCUAAAAGUGACUUCUAAAAGCAUUUGGCUUAGACCCCAGAGGAAAUACUGGAACUAAUGGAUACUUGCUUCUGCACCCCCAUAUACUUUUAACCUUCUUUUCAAUCUACCUGCCUAAGUUUCCUUUUUGGUUCUCCCAGAUAGUCUAGAUGCCUAGAGUGGCUGGGCAGACCCAGCCAGAUGGGUGGGGUAUAAAUAAUAUAUUAUUAUUAUGUUCUUAACUGCUGCUGGGCCCAAAAAUAUUUGUCUACCUGCUCUGCCAACCUGGGGCAAACAUGGCCAUUGUUCUGUUUGCUGCCCUGGGUUGCUUUAGGAGGAAGGGUAAGAUAUAAAUUUAAUAAUAAUUUCCCGUCUCAGUUUCAUCUAUAAAAACCAAAAUCUUUGUAAGACCCUCGUUCAGCUGCACCAGAUUCCAGUUGAUAAACCUUUUCCUGCUUCCACAACACUUUUUGUGACUGUUUUGAGAGUCUUUGCUGAUACACUCAGAUUUCUCUACCCCUUCUCUAAAAUGCCUCUCUUUGUAUAGAUUAGCAAGGUGUCUCUUUUGCAAUCACUCUUUCUUCCUCAGUCUUAUGUUGCUUUGUCUUUUACAAUAUCAGCCUUGUUACCACUGACAUCUGAAGACAGCCCUGCUUAGGGAAGUUUUUAAUGUUUGAGGUUCUAUUGUGUUUUUAAUAUUCUGUUGGGAGCCAUCCAGUGGCUGGGGUAUAAAUAAUAAAUUAUUAUUAUUAUUGAUGGGCAUAUGGUUUCCUGGAUCCUCCUGAUCUUUAAUUUUAUGAGUUUUUGUGACGGUAAACCAAACUAAUCCAUGUCUUUUACUUCCUAUCUCUCUGGUAUAAAAUGAUGUAUCAGGCUGGAACUAGAUGUUACAACAACACAAUGGACUGCCAUCUCCAAAUGGUACAAUAAGAAUUUAACAUAAAAUAAAAAUCAAGCUAUUCCC